AUGGCUUCGGAAGCAGCAUCUCAAGUCACCAUCGGUGCUCUUAGUGGCAUCUUCGAUCAAACUAAACCCCAAGUACCGGAGCCAAUUGUUCAGUGUGUCCAGAUCAAGUCACUGCCCGCUCAACCGGGACAACCAGAACGGUACCGGGCCGUUUUCAGCGACAUUGCCAACUAUGUUCAAACCAUGCUUGCUACGCAGGUCAACCCUGUUGUUCUAGAUGGUUCGCUCCGCAAAGGCACUUUUGUGAAACUCAAGUCUUUCCAGGCUAAUUCUGUCAAGGGAAAAAACAUUCUCAUCAUCUUGGAACUCGAGGUUCUCAAGGAGCUAGGCGAGGCUGAAAAAAUCGGCGAACCUAAGCCACUCGACGCCAAAGCCGAGGAAGAAGAGGCUGCUCAGCCUACAACAAUCUCCAGCGGUGGGUUCUAUGGCAACAAGGUUGAGGCGGCUCCGUCUCAGCCAGCUAGACGAGCCCAGCCCGCUGCCGCGCCAGCCUCCGCUCACGCCACAAUUUACCCCAUCGAAGCGAUCUCGCCCUACUCCAACAAAUGGACGAUGAAAGCUCGAUGCACUCAGAAGUCCGCCAUCAAAACAUGGCACAACAAGAAUGGCGAGGGAAAACUGUUCAGUGUGAACUUGUUAGAUGACAGUGGUGAAAUCCGUGCCACAGGAUUCAAUGACCAGUGCGAUAUGCUGUACGAACUCUUCCAAGAGGGAAGCGUGUACUAUAUCUCCAGUCCCUGUCGUGUUCAAAUUGCCAAGAAGCAAUUCUCAAACCUCAACAAUGACUAUGAGCUCACCUUUGAGAGAGACACAAUCGUCGAGAAGGCCGAGGAACAAAACGAUGUCCCGCAAAUUCGAUACAACUUCACCACUGUUUCCGAUUUGCAGACCGUUGAGAAAGAUACCACUACCGAUGUUAUUGGCGUUCUUAAAGAAGUCGGAGAGACAUCUCAGAUUACAUCAAAGAGCACUGGAAAGCCAUAUGACAAACGUGAAAUCACGCUGGUCGACAAUACAGGAUACUCUGUUCGUUUGACCAUUUGGGGUGCUACCGCAAACUCCUUCUCUGUGGCGCCCGAGUCCGUUGUCGCAUUCAAGGGAGUCAAAGUCUCCGACUUUGGUGGAAGGAGUCUAAGUCUAUUGAGCUCGGGGUCUAUGACUGUUGACCCUGAUAUUGGAGAGGCUCACAAACUCAGAGGCUGGUACGAUGCCCAAGGUAGAUCAGAGAACUUUGCUUCCCAUGCUUCGUUGUCAGGCGCAACAAGCUCGGGUAAAGGUGAUAGUUACAAGACUAUCGCACAGGUCAGAGAAGAACAACUUGGCAUGUCCGAGAAGCCUGAUUACUUCUCUCUCAAAGCCACCGUGAUUUACAUCAAGCAAGACGCCAACUGGGCGUACCCGGCGUGUCUCUCUGAGGGUUGCAACAAGAAGGUGACCGAAAUGGAUCCUGGUCAGUGGCGAUGCGAGAUGUGCGAUAAAACCCACCCCAAGCCGGAGUAUCGAUUCAUCAUGCCCAUCAGUGUCAGCGACCACACCGGUCAACUUUGGUUGAGUUGCUUUGACGAGACUGGCAGGACCAUCAUGGGCACAACUGCCGAUGAACUGAAGCAACUUGUUGAAGAUGACCAGGGUGCUGUUGGUGAAGUUUUCCAAGGAGCCAAUUGCCAAACCUGGAGCUUCAGAUGUCGUGCUAAGAUGGACAACUUUGGGGAUCAACAACGUGUUCGCUACCAAGUCUCAUCUUGCUCGCCUAUCAAUUACUCGGAAGAGGCCAACCGUCUGUCCGCCCUGAUCAGCGCUUACAAUCUCGAGUAA